AUGGGUCGAAGCGGAAUCAUUCAAGCACGUGACGAAGAAAGUGGUGGCAAAUUUCUUAAGAGAUCACAUCAUAUGCCGAUUCGGGUGCCAGAAACAUUGAUUACAGAUAAUGCCAAGAAUCUUAACAAUGAUAUGGUGGACGGGCUAUGCGAACAGUUCAAAAUCAGACAUCGCAACUCUGCCAUCUAUAGACCGCAGAUGAACGGAGCCGUGGAGGCCACAAACAAGAAUUUGAAGAAGAUCAUUCGCAAGAUGACUGAAAAGCAUCGUGACUGGUAUGAAAAGCUCCCUUAUGCACUAAUGGCGUAUCGGACUUCUAUACGAACAUCGACUGGGGCAACCCCGUACUCGCUCAUGUAUGGGAUGGAGGCCAUACUACCAGCCGAAGUUGAAAUCCCUUCAUCGCGUAUUCUAAUGGAAACUAAGCUGGAAGAAGCUGAUUGGAUAAAGCAGCGUCAUGAACAACUCUCUUUGAUUGAUGAAAAAUGGCUUAAUGCUAUUUGUCACGGUCAAUGUUACCAAAAACGCAUGGCCCGGGCCUACAACAAGAAGGUCCAUUUGCGUACAUUUGAGGAAGGUGACCAAGUACUGAAACGGAUUUUGCCAGUGCAGGAUGAGGCCAAAGGCAAAUUUGCUCUGAAUUGGUAA